GAAAAACUCCCAAACGAAAGCAAACUAAAUCUCCCCCCCUGUCUCACCAAACAGUACGUCUACGGACUUUAUUUGGAAAAAGCCACCAAUCCGGUAUCAAAAUCCCACUUUUAUAAGUUGUGGAAAAGGGAGUUGCCUAAUGUAACCAUUCCAAAGAGAAGUCGUUUCUCAAAGUGCGACAAAUGCACACUAAUAAAAGAGCACUUGGCCACAUGCAGAGAGAAACAUCAGAGGGAAACUCUCAUCAAAAUGAGGGAGAAACACCUAAAACAACAAAAUGAUGAAAGAAAAAAGUAUUAUAAACACGCCUCAAAAGCCAAGGACAAUCCCGAAAAAUACCUAUCAAUGAUAAUAGAUGCCAUGGACCAGAACAAAACGUACCUCCCACACUUUCUAUACAAUGGAAAGUUUUUAUCUAACAUGUGGAAACUACGUUUAAAUCUAAUGGGAGUCAUUGUUCAUGGAAUAGGCAUCUAUGGCUUCUUUGAUUUUUUCCAAUGGUCCCACGGUAGCAACCUCACCAUAUCUGUUCUGUUGCAAUGUCUUCUCAUGCUAGACCAAAUUCCGGACACAUUGUAUUUGCAAAUGGACAAUUGUCCUGGACAGAAUAAAAACCGAUAUAUACUUGGAUUCCUCUGUUGGUUGGUGGAGAUUGGCGUAUUCAAAAAAAUCAAAGUGUCAUUCCUCAUGGUCGGACACACGCAUGAGGAUAUAGAUCAAGUAUUCUCCAGAUUUUCUAGCCUCCUUUCCAGGCGGAGUGCUUUGACUCUAACCAAAUUAAUAACUGCGUUUGAAAGGUGUUACACUCCGGUACCAACAGGAAUAAGAACCGACAGAGUAUACAAUAUUUCAGAAGCCUUGGACCUUGAAAAUAUUUCAGGCCAUUCAAAGCCGCAUGCUUUUAAAAUAAUUAAGGAAGACGCAAAAGCGACGAUUUUUUGGAAGAAAUGGUCGACCGAUCGGGUAUGUGUAGUAAUUAAAGCUACACUUUACAGCUGUUGCAUAGAUAUAAUAUAA